AGGGGAGAGACUCCAAACCGGAAACUUCUUGGUUACUUAUCUUCUCCGGUAGAAGGUGGUGGAUUUGUUUGUACUUUCUCACGUUGAACGCAUUUUCUGGGGUAUGAAAACCAGCGGCAGUUGCAGAAGGAAAGCGCUUCUCUCUUCUCAACACCUGCGGUGAGACCCAGCCACGAAAAGAUUGCGAGUAUGAGUGGGUAUACUGUGGAAGUUACUAAUCUGUCCCCUAUUGCAACUGAAAGAGACCUUUAUGAAUUCUUUUCCUUUUCUGGGGCAAUUGAACACAUAGAGAUCAGCAGGUCUGGAGAUUAUGCUUCCACUGCUUAUGUAACAUUUAAAGAACCUUAUUCCUUGGAAACUGCUGUAUUGCUCAGUGGAGCUACUAUUGUAGAUCAACCUGUUUGCAUAGCACGCUGGGGAUACCAUGAUGAAGCUAGUGAUUUCUGGGACAGGCCUUAUUGGAAGCUUGAAGACGAUAAUGUGUCCACGGCUGCGAACGCAAGCCAUUUCACAACGACUCCAAGGGAAGCCAUGACAAUGGCACAAGAUGUGGUCAAAACCAUGCUGUCUAAGGGAUAUACACUAAGCAAGGAUGCCUUGAUCAAAGCCAAAGCUUUGGAUGAAUCCUAUCAAGUCUCGGCCACUGCUGCAGCGAAGGUUGCUGACCUGAGCAAGAGAAUUGGACUGACGGAUAAGAUUAAUGCUGGUGUUGGUGCUGUUAGAUCAGUGGACGAGAGGUAUCAUGUAUCGGAGACCACCAAAACAGUCGCAUCUGCCACCGGGAGAACAGCUGCGAGUGUUGCAAAUACUAUUGUCAGCAGCAGCUACUUCUCUGCUGGAGCUCUAUUGGUUUCUGAUGCCCUCACAAAAGCUGCCAAAGCUGCAGCAGAUUUGGCCGCCUAUGGUCACAAAAAGUGAAAUAAGGAAUGCUGGGAAUGUGAAGUCCAUGUGAGGUUAAACAUCGAAUAAGGUUUUGGAGAUUGUAAAUUAUAUGGUAAAAAUGGAUUGUAUGGUACAUGACUAUAGGUGGUGCUUGCUGUUGGAUGACUCGAGUAGAUAUGCAGAUAUAAAAAUUGAUGUAAUCAUGAUUUCGGGAACUCAAGUUUUAGUUGUAAAAUGUGGAAUCCUGUUUUUCUGUUGUCAUAAU